AUGUAUGUGAAAUGGUUUGAUACAGUAAUGUUAUACUAUGUGAUUUUAGUGAAUUUAGUGAAUGUCACUUUUUGUCAUUUUCAAAUUUCCUGCCGUUCCUUCCCCUGUACAUCCCAACGUCGCAGGGGACGGAACCCAGAAGACAGAUUCCAGCAUCCGCUGGAGGACAUUGCCGGGGACACUGCAGGAGGGACAUCGCAGGAGCGCAGGACAAGGUAAGUGAAGAAGAGAUCCCGAAUCGGCACUUCAGGGUAUUCCUGAGUGUAGCUCGGGGUUACCGCUUGUGGUGCUGAAACUUUACCCCGAGCUACACUCGGGAAUACCUCCAGGGAGGUUAA